AAAUGUCCGACGUUCUCUCCAUUCGGCGGCAACACCAGCUGGUUCUCUCCGGCACCGGGCCUCGCCCCGGACCUCUCGAUCAUUACGAUGCUAUCAUCGUUGACAUUCUCUCAUGGCUACCUGUCAAAUCCUUGCUCCGUUUCCAGUGUGUGUGCAAGGCAUGGCGGGCUUUAAUCUCCGAAUCUUAUUUCAUCAACAAGCACCUCGCCCGCACCAAAAUCAACCCCAGCUUCAACCUACUCGUAUCAAGAGGAGACUUGUUAUUCCGAUCCAUAGAGUACCAAGUACUACUCAACUCAUUAACUGAUGACGCCCCUAUUCCGAUCAGAGAGCUCGAUUUUCCGGAAAUAAAUAUACCACUCGGUGAAGAUGGUUAUGUAGAGAUGGUUGGUACCUGCAAUGGCCUGAUUUGUCUGUUAUUUGAUCGUUGGGAAACUCAAAGUAUACUGAUAUGGAACCCAUGCACUAGAGACAUCCUGGUAUUACCUCAACCUCCUAGAAUUCAUGAUGGUAUAUAUAUUUUUGGAUUCGGUUACGAUUCCUCUACCGAUGAUUACAAGGUCAUACUAGGUCAUAAUUGCGAUUUUUUCCUGUUUACACUAAAAUCGGGUUCAUGGAAGAAACUUGAAAGCCUGACCAAGAAUUAUGUCGUGCACAAUCGUGGAUGUUUAGUUAAUGAAGCUCUACAUUGGGUUGGGUUUGACGGGUCAAUUCGUAAAGGGAUUGUGUCAUUUGAUUUAGAGGAGGAGUUAUUUCAUGAGAUUUCGUUCCCCUAUCCUCCUAAUCCGGUAGACAGCCACUUAUAUGCUGAAGUUGGAAUUCUUAAUAACUGUCUAACACUGUUUUUUCAUUGGCCUGAGACUCGGAGCGAAUUUAAGAUGUGGGUGAUGAAGGAACAUGGAGCCAAGAAAUCCUGGACUGAAGUCAUAAACAUCCCUUCAGGGAUUCUAGGUGAAGAGUAUAUAUGCAUGACAUGCAUUUCUGAAAUUGGUGUACUUAUGAUGCGUCUCGGGUUGAAUGGCCGCUUGGGAAUAUAUAAUCCCAAGGAAGAGACAUUUAGGAGUUUGGUUGAUUUUGAUGAUACAGUUACUUAUGUGGAGAGCUUACUUUCACCAUCAAUUGGCAAUACUGGUGGUGCAAGCUUCUGAGACCUUGGUGCAAGUUCCCUCCACUCCACUCCACUCCUUCAUUUUGCGAUGUUGAAGUUUCAUGUCAGUUUUAGGUUCCCCUCUGCUCACUCAAUAUAUAUUGAUCAAAUGAAUGGUAGCGUUAGAGGUUGUCUCAGCACUUUUGUUUUUGAAUCAUUCUAGGAAGUGAAAAUGAUCAGUAAUUUGUGCAUCAUACCUUGGUUAUUGCUGUAAACUGACUUUUAGCUAAUGUUAUGGAUGGUGCAUCGGUAAAACUUUCAUAUGCCUUCUCACUUUUAUGCUUUUAAGUACUGUCUAAGUAAUGCUACUGAGAACUUGGUGUUUGUGAAGCUACGCAGUCUACAAAGGGUGAUAAAUUGUUAACUUUUAUUACUCUGGCAACAACAAACACCACCUAAUAUUGAAGGCACUGCUAAGCCUGCCUCUUCAGUGAUUCUCAUUGUAUGGUAGGUCAUAUAUGACAAACCUGUUCUGCUCCUUUGU